GAAAGGGCAAACGAUGACGUCUAUCCGAAUGAUAUCAUACAGGAAGUAGCAAAGUUCCAAUGGUAUAAUGAGCCUUGAUCUGUGAAUCAGCCUCAUUUUACAACUGUGACACGAGUGGAGCAACAUGGUCAGAGUCUGUAUUUUGGCCUGUUUCAUUCUCAUCGCUCUCAAAGUAGUGAUUGCCCUAACAGAUCAAAAUACUGACAGUUGCAGAGGAGUUCCCGGUAUUCCUGGUUUGCACGGCGCUCCUGGACGAGAUGGCAGAGACGGAGCUAGAGGAGACAGAGGAGAAACGGGAAAAGGAGAGAAAGGGGAGAAGGGAGACGUCGGAAGAAUCGGUGAGAAGGGCGAAGCGGGGGCGCAAGGUUUGGUCGGUACCAAAGGAAACAGUGGGAAAGUGGGACCACGAGGGAUAGUGGGACCAAAGGGAAUAAAGGGAGACACUGCAUCUAAAGGUUCUAAAGGAGAACCAGGAAAAGAAGCAUUUCAAGUCAACUGGAAACAAUGCGUGUGGAACAGAGCCGAUGAUAGAGACAUUGGAGUUAUUAAGGAAUGCAGGUUUGCAAAGAGAUCAGGAAAUUCUGCAUUACGUGUGGCGUUCGCUGGAAACUUACGAGUGAACUGUGACACUUUCUCUUCUUGUUGUUCUCGCUGGUAUUUUUCAUUCAAUGGACGCGAAUGUUCUGGUCCCGUGACCAUAGAGGGUCUCGUAUUUUCUAACAGAAAGGGAGACAAUGUUCUUCGUCACAGACAGAUUGAGGGUUAUUGUGAGAACAUACCAGCAGGACAAAUCAAAGUUGCAUUUCACGUCGGAAAAUGCGUCAGAUGGAACACGAAGCAAACACACGACGCUCACACAGGAUGGUCUUCUACAUCUCGCAUUAUGAUUGAAGAGACUCCACCUGCACAGUAAAGUCACAAUAUCAACGUUGUUUCUAAGAGCUAAAUGCUUUCACAGUCUAGUUGCAAAAGCGUUAGCCGCGUGCACGUAGUCCAGUGAUGAUGUAGUAGACUGAGUUGCUGAACGUAAUGUUACUUUAAGUAGUCACGUGUCAAAGCAUAUUUGCAUUUGUGCUUGUAUGUUUGAGUGUUGUGCUAUAACAACUGUAAUGUUCAACAAGUGUUUUGCAUCGAGCCUCA